CACAACAGAAUGAUCUUCUUUCAGUUUAGUCAUUUAAAUGAUCUUCCAAUUAAAUAACAAACAAUACAAGAUGCAUGUUUCAAAUUACCCUUAGAAGUGCGGACUGGAAAAUGGUACAACAGUGCAAUAUACAGUACUGUACAGUCAUCACACUAUGCUAUAUUGCCUAGACAAAUAUACAAACAAUUUAUAAUACCUAUGACACUGCCAUGAGUUUCUCUGUCAAUUCUGAGAGUAGAACAGUCAAUACACUAAUGAUACUAUAAGAAUUGGACAGUAAGUGUAUAAUAAAAUACACUAUUAUAUGCUGUAAUGUAUACUUCUGCACCAUAAACAUGAAUGAAGAGACACUGCCUCCCACUAAAACUUUAUCCUCUGGAGUUGCUGUUUGACAAAUACUUCAGCAAUAUGAGCUGUUUACAAACUAAUUGAUAUUGUAUUUUAUAAUAUUUGUAUUACAUUUAUUUUAUUUUUAUUAUAUUCUAAAGUAAUAUGUACCAAUAAUUUCACAAAUGAACUCUGAACACAAAGCAAAACAAAAAAGGACCAAAGCAUUUUAUUCCAAUGUUCAGUUUUAUACUUUUUAUACUAUUUUAUUUUAAGUUCUGUAAUAUUAAGUUCUGUUUUUUACGAUAUGUUUUGUUGUCCUAAUAGCAUCAAAAAUGAGUCAUUUGGAAGGAAAGUCUCCUGAUGAGCGCAGAGCAGCGCUGUUCACAAAACAUGGAUACACAUUACAGAAAAAACUUGGGCAAGGAGUCUCAGAUGUAGCAUUUCUUGUGAACAACUUAGAGGAAGAUUUGUAUGUAAUCAAAGAGAUUAACUGCAGAUAUGAAAGUUCUGACACAGUCAAAAAAGAAGUUGAUAUCAUAAAACAUCUGAACCAUGCAUAUAUUGUUGAUUAUGAGGAUUCAUUUGAAGACAGAGAAGCUGGACUUUUUUAUAUAGUGAUGGAGUACUGUGCAGAAGGUGAUCUUAACAAGAGGAUGCAAACACAGAGAGGAAAUGGGUUCAAAGAAGAACAGAUCCAUGACUGGUUUGUGCAGAUUUGUUUAGCUCUGAAGUGUCUCCAUGAGAAGAAUAUUCUUCACAGAGAUAUCAAGCCACAGAAUGUUUUUCUGACUGAGUAUGGUUACAUCAAUUUAAGAUGCUUAAUAACAUUGGAAAGAGCCGACCAGUAUACAAAUUCAGGUGUGGGUGCAGAACUCUAUGAUAGCCCAGAAGUUUAUACAGAAAAAUACACUUCUAAAAGUGACAUCUGGUCAUUGGGAUGGUUGCUACAUGAUCUGUGCAUGCUUGAUGUCUGGUCAGAUAUUCUAGAGCGUCGCUUUCUACAUGCCAUCAGCAUGAGAGGAACUCCCCCCGACAUAUCAGAGAAGUACUCAGAGGAGCUACGGGAACUGAUCAAAGAAAUGCUCAGCUGCGACCCUAAUGAAAGACCUUCGGUCGAUGACAUUUUAGCAAAACCAUUCUUAAACGACUCGGUAAACAAAUAUAAAAAAAUUCCAGAGGCACUUGAACAGAAGUUCAUGAAGUCCAUCAGGGCCUUUGAUCAGGCCUACAACAAGCACUAUAUUGAGCUGGAGAUCUUAGUCAGUGAAUGGGCAAAAGCAACAGAUUCACUAGAGGAUAUUCAUUAUAAAGCCACUGCAGGCAGUCUGUCAGGUGGAGUGAUUGGAGCCGCUGGUGGCAUCACUGCAGUGGUUGGUGCAAUUUUGGCACCGUUCACUCUUGGUGCCUCUUUGAUUGUAACAGGUGUGGGUGUUGGUGUAGGAGUUGCUGGUGGUUUAACAGGUGCUGCCUCCAACAUUACCAAUACAGUAAAACAAAAAUCACUCCGUGAGAGCCUUGAAAAAAUUGAACAGACUUAUAAGAAUGCGAGUGCACCUAUUCUAAAUUCACUGAAAACACUGAAACAAUUGAUGAAAAAAAUUGCUAAAUUCUGUGUUUUUGUCAGCGCAUCAACACUGGAUAAUGCGCAGAUGGCAUGGAGAGUAGGCAGAAGUACAGUAUCAUGUGUAACAGAAAUCAUGCAUAUAUGCCUGUUGGCAAAUAUCGGCCGAAUUGGUACUCAAGCUGCCAAAAUAGGACGAGCCGCAGCAGCAGCUUCAGGUGUGUUAAGUGGUAUCUUAAUCAUAGCUGACGUUGCCUUCAUAGUAAAAGAUUCAAUGGAGAUUCAUGAGAUGAGAAACACGAAAACAACAAAUGAUCCUGAACAGUUCAAAUCCAGUGUACUCAGGUCUAUUGCACAGAUGAGAAAAACACAUCAAGAGCUCUGCAAUGUCUUGGACGAGAUUAAAAACACAAGAGAGGAACUAAAAGAGUAUAUAGAAAAAGCUGGCACAAACACAUGGACACAUGAUUCUGCCGAUACUUAGAACAUGUGAAUUUGAGGCUGUAGUAGGGGAUGGGUGGCAUUUCCUUUUUACAUAUAUACAUAAGGACUCAUUGUAGCGACAUGUCAUGCCAUUCUCUACUCAGUUCAGGUGAUUAUGUCACAGGAUCAACAGUCUUCGGAUGUCAUCACAUAUUUAACCGCAAUAUUUUUAAUUAUACUUAUACAGUUAAUAUAUUAGUUUAGUCACAUUUAAACUAUCAAAACUAUAUUUUAGAUAUUCUAACCCAACCCCAACCGGAAACAUAACCACUUUUCAACAAAAAAAGAACAUGCAAAAGGGAAAUAAAUGUACAGUCGCAGUAAUUGAUUCAAGAUAUUGCCAUACAAGCACUUCAGAAGUAUUUCAAACAACUUGUGUUGCAUUUAAGGUAUUAUACAGAGUAAAAAUAAAGGUUUUAAUCCCUGAAAAUCUUCCUCUCUGUCAAGGCUGUCACAUCUCAUUUAAAAAUAUACAUCCAAUCGGUCACAUGGCCUAGUUUUU